CUCGUUCAAGCCAGAGGAGGCUGCCAUAUAAACCUCCUAGGAAGGUGCAUGCAGGCGAUUUCCGCCGUCCGCCAUGUAAGCGUAGCCGCCAUCUGCCACUUCGUUGUUCCUUGAGAUCAGACCGCGCGCCAUGAAGCUCAACCGGGUUCGCCGCCGCCGUCGUGAUCUGUUGAAAGUCGACAGGCUAAUCAAACUGCCCGACCAUGUGCUGCUCAACAUCCUGGAGAGGCUGGGCAUGCUCGACGCCGUCAGGACCUGCCUCGUCUCCAAGCAAACGCUCAACCUGCCGGCCUUGCUCUCUCGGAUCGUCGUCGACCUCAGCGACGGCGAUCUACGCUGGAUGAACCGUGAUGUAGCCGACGCGACGGACAAGAUCCUGAGCACGAGGUCUCCUGGGAUCCCCAUCCGCAUGCUGAAGCUCAGGUUCAUCAUGAGAGGCGACGUGCAUAACAAGAUCGGCAGGGCCGUCGCCCUCGCCAUGGCGACCCAGAAGAUUUAUGAGGCAGAGUUCGAGAUCCUGACCAAGGACAUCUAUUAUAAGACAACUGAUGCGGAUCUCCUCGACUCCGCGAAGAUGUUCAACAAUUUUAUCGGGGAGUGUCCGGACGCAUUUGCCGGCCUCACGCGGAUGCAUCCGCACAACCUCAGGUUCCGUCAAUCGGACAUAACCAACAUCCUAACCACCUGCAAGCGGCUCGAGUCGUUGCAUUUGUCCCGGUGUGAUGCAGGGGACAAGUCGGUGCUGCGCGUCGACCACGCCACACUCGUUGAGCUUACAUUCGUCUAUGGGGAAUUUUUAAGAGUAGAGCUUCACAGUCUACCGAAGCUUCAAUGGAUGACCUUGCAUAAAUGGGCAUACAAAACUAACAAUCCCUUGUUCCUUGGUUUUGUCCCUCGGCUAUCCAAACUAAGCCUCACUAACGCGUAUCGUUCAUCAAACAACCACAAGUUAAGCCAAUUGCUGGUUAACGUCCCCUCGAUAAGUGAUUUGCAUCUGGAUUUUCUAAGUGAAAAGAUUUGGGUUCAACCAGAAUCCAAGAAACUGGUUGCGCCUGUGCUCAGCAAACUACGCCUUGUGAAUCUCAACAAUCUUCCUGAGGAAUGUGAUAUCGCUUGGACAAUGUUCUUUCUUGAAGCCGCACCAUCUCUAGAAGAGUUUUCCAUCACAGUAUGGGAUCAUAAGUGCGAAAUGAAGUCGCAAAAAAGUCACUCCCAGAAAACAGAUGUGAAGUGGGAGCCAUCUACUCCUGAUUUCAACCACAAAAAUCUGGCAAGGCUUACUAUCUAUGGCUUCCAAUCAGACAACAACUUCAUGCGAUACGUGAGGCGCGCCAUUCAAGCUGCGGUGAACAUCAAGGAGGUAUCUCUGCACGAUAGGAAGGUGUGCAAGCUAUGCACUCACAAGUUCCCUCAUAUCGGGGUUCGUCCUUCGAGUUAUCCACGGACUAGCGAGGAGGUUGAUUUAUUCAGGAAGAAGAUCACCGAGGCGAAGGCCGGUUCCCAUGCUAUGAUUCACUUGCACACCAUCGGUGAAUCUUUUGCUCUCACCAUGGCGGCUGAGAACCAAGAUGCGGCCGAUUAGUCCCUGGACUCGAGAACUUAUACUAGUAGCUAUUGCGUUUGUUAUUGUUUUUCUCUUGAAUUGUUUCUUAAUUGACUAGAUAGUAUAAAAUAUAUCUCGGCUACUCUCUUGUUGACUACUUUGAAGCCCGUGUAUAUACGUUUGCUCUCUUU